AUGGCCGACGAGGCGCCCAAGAACUUCGAGACGCUGCAGCUGCACGCUGGCCAGGAGCCUGACCCGACCACCAAGUCGCGUGCUGUCCCCAUCUAUGCCACCACGAGCUUCGUCUUCGAUGAUUCGGCCCACGGUGCUAGGCUUUUUGGCCUCAAGGAGUUUGGCAACAUCUACAGCCGCAUCGGAAACCCUACUGUCGACGUCUUCGAGAAGCGCAUUGCCGCCCUCGAGGGUGGUGUCGCUGCCGUAGCCACGUCUUCCGGUCAGUCUGCGCAGUUCAUCGCUAUCAAUGCCCUCGCCCACGCCGGUGACAACAUUGUCUCCACAUCCCUGCUGUACGGUGGCACCUACAACCAGUUCAAGGUCUUCCUUCCCCGCCUCGGAAUCACGACCAAGUUCGCCGACGGCGACAAGGUCGAGGACAUUGAGGCUCUGAUCGACGACAAGACCAAGGCCGUCUACGUUGAGAGCAUUGGCAACCCCAAGUACAACGUCCCCGACCUCGAGGCCAUUGCCAAGGUCGCCCACGCCAAGGGUCGACAACACCUUCGGUGCCGGAGCUACUUCAUCCGCCCCAUCGAGCACGGCGCCGACAUUGUCGUCCAUUCCGCCACCAAGUGGAUCGGUGGUCACGGCACUACCGUCGCCGGUGUCAUUGUCGACAGCGGCAAGUUCAACUGGGGCGAGCACGCCGAGCGCUUUCCUCAGUUCGUCGAGCCCUCCGAGGGCUACCACGCCCUCAAGUUCUGGGAGACCUUUGCCCCAUCAGCUUUGCCAUCCGCGCCCGCGUUGAGAUCUUGCGCGACCUCGGCGACACUCUCAACCCCUUCGCCGCCCAGCAGCUCCUCAUCGGGUAUUGAGACCCUGUCGCUGCGUGCCGAGCGCCACGCCUCGAACGCCCUGGCCCUCGCCAAGUAUCUCGAGAACAGCAGCUACGUCAACUGGGUCUCUUACCCUGGUCUCGAGAGCCACCCCUACCACGAGACAGCCAAGAAGUACCUCAAGCGUGGCUUCGGUGGUGUGCUGAGCUUCGGUGUCAAGGGCGGCGGUGCUGCUGGCUCCCAAGUCGUCGACAACUUCAAACUGAUUUCCAACCUGGCCAACGUUGGCGAUUACAAGACGCUCGCUAUCCAGCCUUCAAGGUCUCCUCGGCUACGACCACCACGGGCGAGGAGAAGAGCAACGAGCUGCCCGUCGGCGAAGGCAGAGCGAGGACGCGCCUCUGGCCCCGUGAGGUGUAACGGUGAUGAAGAUAUGUUGACAACGAAUGAAUACCCAUGA